AGUGAUUUGAUUGGUUUUGGGAUGAUGAAGAACGGGAUGAUGGAGUGCAGUGUUUGCCACUCCAAAUUGCUUUCUCCUUCGACGAAGGCGAUCUCGAGGGCGUAUGAUAGGCAAGAGAGCAAGGUGUCGUCGAAGCAGCGAGCGCUCAAUGUCUUAUUGGUUGUUGGUGAUUGCGUCUUGGUUGGUCUUCAGCCAAUUUUAGUUUACAUGUCUAAGGUAGAUGGGCGCUUUAUGUUUAGUCCCAUCAGUGUUAACUUUUUGACAGAGGCAGCAAAAGUUAUCUUUGCCAUCGUCAUGCUAUUAUUGCAGGCAAGACGACAAAAAGUUGGAGAAAAACCACUUCUUUCACUUUCUACUUUUGUGCAGGCAGCUCGGAGUAAUGUUCUUCUUGCUGUUCCAGCACUCUUGUAUGCAAUAAACAACUAUUUAAAAUUCAUAAUGCAGCUAUACUUUAACCCUGCUACUGUGAAAAUGUUGAGCAAUCUGAAGGUACUGGUGAUUGCUCUCCUCUUAAAGAUGAUAAUGAAAAGACGUUUUUCUGUAAUUCAGUGGGAGGCUCUUGCACUUUUGCUUAUUGGAAUCAGUGUUAAUCAACUUAAAUCUCUGCCUGAGGGUACUACAGCACUUGGUCUUCCUGUUUCAACGGGUGCAUACAUUUACACGUUGAUUUUCGUGACUGUGCCAUCAAUGGCCUCAGUUUUCAAUGAGUAUGCGUUAAAAAGCCAGUUUGAGACAAGCAUCUAUCUUCAGAACUUAUUUUUGUAUGGCUAUGGUGCAUUUUUCAAUUUUCUUGGCAUUGUUAUAACUGCAAUCAUCAAAGGACCUGGUAGCUUUAACAUCCUUGAAGGUCACUCCAGGGCCACAAUGUUUCUGAUUUGCAAUAAUGCUGCACAAGGCAUAUUAUCAUCAUUUUUCUUUAAAUAUGCUGACACAAUUUUGAAGAAAUAUUCAUCAACAGUGGCUACUAUUUUUACUGGCAUUGCAUCUGCUGCAUUAUUCGGUCACACUCUGACAGUUAAUUUUAUGCUGGGCAUCUCAAUAGUGUUUAUAUCGAUGCACCAGUUCUUCUCCCCACUUGCAAAAGUCAAAGAUGAGACACCCAAUGGAUCACUAGAAAUGGAGUCUCAAAAUACAAGGUCAAAGGAAGCAUCAUCCUUCAUUAAUAUAGCUGCUGGUGCUACUGAAGAGGCAAGUCAUCGCAUUGGACCUGAUGAAAGACAACCCCUUCUCCCAACUUAAUUUUGAUCUCCUUUCCAAUGUGCAAGCAUAAAGAAUGAUGAGCUUAGAGGCUGAGCUUUAGAUAUAGUGCACUUGUGCAAGAAGUAAACUAUAUACUACAGUACAAGAGUGGCAAGUAAAGAAGAAGACAUGCAAGGUGCUGUUUUUUACUGUGAUGUUGCGGCAUUUCCUACUUUUUUUUUUUCUUAAAAAAUCUUUUGUUUACUUUUAUAUAUGUUGUUUUUGUGAAGAUUCAUUAUAUUGUCAUAUUCUUUGUACUAAGUUUUGGUUUAUAUCUUCUUCUCUCAUUGCUGCAAUGAAGAGAUGUUGUCAUUUUUAGCUCUUUCAACAGUGCAGCAAGCAUUGGAAGCAAUCAAGAUCUUUAAAUUCUUUUA